UGUCAUUUGUACUUUGAAAAAGGCCACUAUGGUGCCUCAAAUGUCAACAAAAAAGUCAUUCACACAUGUGUUUUGUUUAGCCAAUUUCGAUGAAAUUUUUGACACAAUGUAGUUACUGCUAUCCCAAAAGCUUUCUAGUUUUUGAAAAUCAGUCCAGUGGCAGCGGCGAAAAAAGCCACAAACAAAUCCAUUCAUGUACUGAGAAGGUUUGACUGAUAUAAACCUUAUGAUGUUUUUCUGUGCAGUCAUUUACUGGGUUUUCCAAUAACUGACUUGCAGACAUUUACCAGUUGUUGCAGGGGAAGAUAAUAUGGACAGAUCAACUAUUUGUAAAUCACAAAGCAACUGAUAACAUUGAAGAAAUCAACAUCGAAAACGCGCAAGCUCAAAAAGCCGUACACCCCUUCCCCAGAAAAUAACAGAAAAAAGGCAAUAGUCGAAGAGAAGCGUUUAAAAAGCAAACAAAAUGGAAGAAAAUCCGAUAAACUUUCGAAGAAAAUAAAAAUGAAAAAGAAGCGUUCCACUGGAUCGCCAAGUAGUAGCAGUACCAGCAGUACUAGUGACAGCAGCUCGUCCAGCAGUAGUUCCGGGGAUGAAUCGGAAUCAGAUUCGGAGGGAGAGAAGAAGAGGAUGAAGCUAGAACUGGAAAAGAAGCUGCUGAAGAAGUACCAAUCAGAAAUCAGUGAAUUGGUGACGCAUUCAGAACACCUGGUGGCAGAACUGGCAAAAGAGAGGAAGAAACAAAAGCAACUGAGGAAAGAACUGGAGGAGAAUAAAAAGAAGCGGAAGAAAAAGAAACGUGAGAAUGAUGUAACUAUAGUUGAUCGUAUUUUGAAAAAGAAAGAGAAAAAUAGGAAAAAAUUGAAGAGUAUGCUUGCAGAAAAGCUUGAUGAAUCUGCCAUAGAACUUAAAAAGCCUCUUAAGGGUACCAAGGAAGCGCUUUCACUUAAACAAAAAAUGGAGCAGAAAUUGAAUGCUGCAAGAUUUAGGUUUCUGAACGAGCAGAUCUAUACAAUGGACAGUAAAGAAGCCAAGAAGAUUUUUGAACAAGAUCCAGACGCGUUUAGAGUUUAUCAUGAGGGUUAUAGGCAGCAAGUGAAGCAAUGGCCUCUUAAUCCGUUGGAUGUUGUUAUACAGACUAUCAAAAGAAUGCCAAAGUCACUAGUGGUAGCGGAUUUCGGAUGCGGCGAAGGUCGGUUAGCGAAGUCGGUGCCCCAACGUACCUUCUCCUUUGACUUGGUGGCGUUGGCAGAUCACGUGACACCCUGUGACAUGGCACAUGUGCCUUUGCACGAAACCUGCAUCGACGUCGCCGUUUUCUGCCUUUCGCUUAUGAGCACCAACUUGGGUGAUUACCUCCUCGAAGCCAAUCGGGUUCUAGUCGUCGGUGGAACACUGAAAAUCGUAGAAGUUGUCAGUCGAUUCGAGAGGCCCGAGGAUUUCAUCAAAGCUGUUCAAUAUUUCGGCUUCAAACUGAUGUGGAAGGAUCUCACUCAUGACUACUUCUAUUUUAUGGACUUCAAAAAAGAUCACAAUAUUAAGGAUAAGACCAAAUUGCCGCAGUUCAAACUACACCUACAGCCUUGUAUGUACAAGAAGAGAUAGCUUGUAACAUAGUACGCAUUUCAAUAAAGUUUUUGUUUAUAUGGCGCGAUAUUAUUUGUGAUAUGAAUCUGUUAUCCUGAUUUUAUUGAUUAAAUAAAUAUGCACAGUUUAUUUAA